GUGUCCUCAGAGAUGCUCUGCGGGAGGGAGGCCGGCACCCGCCCUGCACGUCAGUCUGUCCCUUCACAGCAAGCAUCGCGUGUCCAUUCCACCGGCUUGCAUCCCUAGCCCGAGCCAGGCGGGUCGCCGAGCAUUUCGGGCUCCCCACCACGUUCACGCCGGAGCAGUCUGUGAGCUUCUUCGACUUCUCAGACACCCACAGGCACGAGCAGGCGAUAAUAUUCAAGCAGGAGUGCCCCUCGCAGGGGGGGCGGCCGCUGCCCGUCUGCCUGGCAGGCGACGCCCUCCUGGAGCCCUUCUGGCCCACUGGGCUGGGGUGCAUCCGCGGGUUCAUGAGCGCCCUGGACUGCAUCUCCAGCUUGCAGCUCUGGUUCUCCACCUACGACCAGGAGCUCGUCGCCAGGCACAGCGAGCAGGCGUACAAGCUGCUGAAGUCCGUCGAGGGCCAGACGAAAGACAAGUCGCUACGGCCAGACAAGGAGUGGCGCGUCGACCCGGGCACCCGGUACCGCGGCUUCCGGGCGGUCGUCGCGAGCUGCUGGCGCCAGCGGGUGCCCAUUGAGGUCUCGCGACAACAGGCGGACGCGGCCACCGCGCUCGACGGCUGCGCGGGCAAGGUAGCUUAGCUGCUGCUACUUCGACGACGGACCCAGCUAAGCGACGUUGUGAUGCACCCAGCUUGCACGCAUGUUGCAUUAUAACGCUCUUCCGCUGCUCUCUUCUGGCAUCCGAAUGAAACCCAUAUUUGGUGGACACAUGUCUGCCAGCUUCAACCAUCAGCACACUUUGGUCAUGCCUCUUGCGCGAGUCACUCCCGCGUUUUCUGGUCAAAGCAGGG